AUGUCCUCUCCCCGGCAGAGUAACAUAGCUCGUCGGCGGGAGAGAGACAUCUGCCGCCAAGCACUAGCGCAGCACAUCGUAAGCCCUUCCGAGGUGCGGCUGAGCCCUCGACCUCAGGAUGGGUAUGGCUGGAAGCCCUGCCCUGGGUAUGAGAAUACAUUCUCGCUCCUGUUCGCCAAGAACCUGAGCGACCACUCGAUCAGCACGUAUCGUCUUCUCUCGCGACAGGUAGGCAAUACCUUCGAAGCUGUUCCCGCAGGCGUGGAUGUAGAAGCCACCGACCACAUACCUCUGCGGCCAUCAAGAGGAUUUUCUGCCGAAAUCAGUCGACUUCAACAAGAGAAUGCACUUCUUUCAGGACAUGUCCGGGAGCUGUCCGAUGCCUUGGAGAAUGAGGUCGAUUGUAAGCUUCGUGUCGAGAAAGAGAAGGAACAGCAGCAUAAACAUCUGCAAGCCGCCGAGGACAAAAUAAAGGAACUCGUGGAGAAAGCGCGAGGUUACCAAGCACCGCUCUUGAAAUGCUUCGAAGAGCUAGACAGGACAGUGCCCAUCCUAGCCGAGCUUCGUCGGAUUGCAAUGGAAGGAGUGGCGCCGGAGUGA